AUGGAACAAAUUACUCCCGCUCCGACCGCAAUCGCCUCAGUCGACUACCUUGGCCACAAUUACGCCUGGGACGAAAAUGACCUCAUCUGCACUCACAAAGAGAUUACAAGACAACUCGCCGAUGUGCAGAAGAAGAUUCGGGCUGAAACGAUGAAGCAACCGGAGAAGAAAGAUGUUAAAGAAAAGCCUUUAUUCGGAAGCAAACUUCGAAAAUGCAGAGGAGAAGAGUGGCAGUUGAGAGCAGAAGAGAAAAGAUUGUUGAGACUACAAAAUGCACUUUGGAGGCGAAUUGGACAUGCCGUUGGCGCUGUUGCCUCGGGAAACGAGCUAGUCGAGCCCAAGUCUUUGAAUUGGCAAAAAGAAUGUGACGUACUCUGGCUAUUUGGACCUGUCUACCAAUCAGAGAACCCAUUCGAAGACGACGACGACAAGACACUCGUGG